AUGGGAGAUGAGAAGAAGAAGUUGGCCGAUAAAGAUGCACCAGAGUCAAGUAAGAAGAGAAGUCACAAGAGUGGAAAACGCAAAUCUUCAGGAGAGGUCCUUGCCACAGAGCAAGCAAAACCAUCCAGACACUCCAACCCCCAGGGCGACGACUCCCGCAAGCCAUGGUGCCCAAUCCACAAGACAAGCAAACACGCCUUGGAGGACUACUACGUCGUCAAAAAGGAGCUCGCGAGACAACUAGCAAUCGAAAGAGGAAAGCAAGUACGAGUCGUUGAGACGGCAGAAGAAGCUGCCACCAACAACUCUGACUCUGCCUUGCCGGAGUACGAUCUGCAUGUCUCCCACAUUUUUGGAGGAUCCACUUCGUACACCUCUAAGACGGAGUACAAGAAAGCGGAACGCGAAGUCUGCUCCACCUCGCAGAUGACUACCACCAAGAUGAAGUGGUCCCAGCACAAGAUCGAGUUCUCGGAAGCGGAUCACCCCAAGAUCGUGACUACACCUGGCAGAUAUCCCAUCGUGGUCGAACCCACUAUUCGGAAUAUCAAGGUGGCAAGAGUUCUCAUCGACGGUGGGAGUUCGGUCAACCUACUCUUCGCCAGCACUUUAGACACGAUGAGAAUAACUCGAAGCAAGCUGACGCCAACAGAUCAGCCCUUCCACGGAAUUACCCCGGAAUCGUCGUCUAAACCGUUGGGAAAGAUCACACUACCCGUUACAUUCGGACACGCCAAAAAUUUCCAAACAGAGCAGAUCACCUUUGAUGUCGCGGAAUUCGAUACCGCAUACAAUGCCAUCAUUGGGAGAGCUGCAGUCGCGAAGUUUAUGGUGGCCUCGCACUACGCAUACCAAGUGCUGAAGAUGCUAGGACCAAAAGGGACAAUCACCAUCCAGGGGAACGCCAAGUUGGCAGUGUAG